UGGUAUUCAAAUUGUAAAGUAGCAUCUUCAACCAAGCUCAGGAUCCACUGAAAAUGGAGAAGGAAACCCUAGUUCAGAUUCCAAGGGUGAAGCUGGGAACUCAAGGGUUGGAGGUCUCUAAACUGGGAUAUGGUUGUGCAGCCCUCUCCGGGUUGUACAAUGCUCCUCUAUCCCAUGAAGAAGGGUGUUCGGUCAUAAAGGUGGUUUUUUCUAGGGGCAUCACAUUCUUCGACACAUCCGAUCUUUACGGUGAUGAACCUUAUGAUAACGAGAUCUUGGUUGGGAAGGCUUUGAAGCAGCUUCCGCGAGAUAAAGUGCAAUUAGCUUCAAAAUUUGGGAUCUUUAGGAAAGAGGGAUUUAACUUUGGGGUGAAAGGGACCCCUGAAUACGUGCGGAAAUGCUGCGAAGCUAGCCUCGAGCGACUCGGCGUGGACUAUAUCGAUCUUUACUACCAGCAUCGUGUAGAUACUUCGGUCCCGAUAGAAGAAACUAUGGGGGAGCUCAAGAAGCUUGUGGAAGAGGGAAAGAUCAAAUACAUUGGCCUAUCUGAACCUAGUGUUGACACCCUUAGAAGAGCUCAUGCUGUUCAUCCGAUAUCGGCCUUGGAAAUGGAAUAUUCCCUCUGGUCUCGUGAGAUCGAAGAUGAUAUAAUUCCGGUCUGCAGAGAGCUCGGUAUUGGGAUAGUAGCAUAUAGUCCGCUCGGUCGAGGUUUCUUCGGUGGGAAGGCAGCUGUGGAGAGCUUGCCUACUCAAAGUCUUCUGAAAUUCCAUCCAAGAUUCACAGGGGAUAAUCUGGAGAAGAACAAACUCGUAUACGCCCGUAUUGAAAACUUGGCGAAAAAGCAUGGAUGCAGCCCUCCUCAGUUGGCUCUGGCGUGGCUACUACAUCAGGGGGAAGACAUCAUUCCGAUCCCGGCUACAACAAAGAUUAAAAACCUCGAAAGCAACAUCGGAUCGUUGGCCGUGAAGCUGACACAAGAUGAUUUGAAAGAAAUCCGCGAUGCGGUGCCGGUCGAAGAAGUUGGUGGCGACAGAGAGUAUGAUGCUUUUACUGAUUAUUGCUAUAAGUUGGCAAAUACACCGGAGAAGUGAUUGUAAAUGGAAGCACCAUUACCAAUAUUGAAGCCCUCUGUGCAAGCGUCUGGUUUUCUUCUGUGCUUGGUGAUUUUCUUAAUAGCGGGAGCGGAAUGAGUUGUCCAAAAAUCGAAUUUAAUAUAUUAUAUUAAUCCGAAUGAGUUGU